CAACUGAAUUGUAACUAACCUUUGAAGCUCUUAUAUUUCAUUCUCUCUCACUUUCUAUGAAAACAAUUGAAAAGACUAUUUCCAAUAAUAAAAAUUCUUGAGAAAAUGGUAGGGCCAGCUGGGAAUAUAAAGCCCGCCGCAGAACGAUCCCCGCCGCCGCCGGGGAGCAAACCGCAGUCUAUGAAUGCCACCGGAAUGGCUACCGGAAAAGCCGACCAAACCUCACCAAAGUUACCAUCGCCGGGGCAGCAACACACGGGCGUGCUCAACCAGACACGUAGGUUGUCGGUUUGUCCCGCGAAAAUGGCCGUCGGCGGGCUUGCCGUCGCCGUCACCAUAGGCUACUUUACCUUGUAUUCCAACAAGAAGCCGGAAGCCACCGCCAUUGACGUGGCUAGGGUUGCCACCGGCACCGGAACGCCAUCCAACACCCGCCCUCGCAAUUAAUUAGGCUCUUGCGCUUAAUAAUCCAAAUAUAUGACUUAAUUGCAUUUUAAUUCGCUCUAAGAUUUUUAUUUACACAGGGUGCUAUUUUUUUUUUUUUUUUGUUAUUGAAUUGAUUUGUUUGUUGCAAAUUUUAAUAUUUAAUUAAUGUGUUGUAGUAUUUUUUUGUUUUGUUUACAGUUUCGGAUUUGAGUAGCUGGCUCCAUUUUGUAAUGUAUGCUAUUUAUGUAAUAGUUAUUGAUUGCU